UACUAUUAAAAUUCCCAGCUCUAAGUAGAAAUAAACAAGAAAAAAAAUGUUACGCAAUGUUUUGAAUAUUUGUUGUGCUCAUAUUAAACACCCAAAUGUGAAUUUAACUACUAGACGUUUAAUGGCAGGUCACUCCAAAUGGGCGAAUAUCAAACAUUUAAAGGCUGAAAAGGAUGAAUAUAAAGCAGUUCUGUUUGCAAAAAUUUUAAGACAAAUACGUCUGGCGAUUCAAGAAGGCGAUUCUGUAGAUCCAGCUUUAAAUUCAAUGUUGAGAUCAGAAAUUGACAAAGCUGUAAAACAGAAUGUGCCAUUUGACACUAUCCAAAAUACUUUAAGAAGGUUUCAGAAUAACAAAAUGCAAUUUACGAAACAUCGACUAGGUAUUCAAUAUAAGAAAAAUGUAUUCGUGAUUUGUAUAAUAAAUACGAACAACUUUUCCGGAUUUAAAAUGGACGCAACAGCCAUGAUUAAGAAAUCUGGAGGCAUUUUCGUUGACGUGACGCACAUUUUUGAAGAUUUUGGAUGGAUCAGAGCUCGUUUAGCUGAGGUUGUCUUAUAUCCAAAAAGCCAAACAUUUGAAGAAAAAGUUUUUGAAGAUGCUAUUGAAUUUGGAGCUGAAGAUGUUAAAGUAGUUGAUUGCAGCAGUAGGACAGUUAACUUUAAAUGUGACCCGACUUAUUUAACUGCCCUUUGUAAGCGUUUGCAAAUUAAUGGAUACACCGUUGAGAAAAGUGAACAUAUUUUUUACGCACAUGAUCCGGUCAAAUUAACUUCUGAACUACAUGAUGCCUACCAGGUAUUUUUAAAGAAACUACAGAUUCUACCGGGUGUAGAAAACAUAUAUGAUAACGUAAAAGAAUAAAUAUUGUUCACGCCACCGGGACGAGGAAUACUCCUGUAAAUCGCCAUAGUUAAUCUGGUACGAGACUUUGAUUCGAACACCCGUUCUUUUUCCUUUUUAUAUUCGAAACUCCUGUAUAUUUCAAAUCGAAACAUUUCGUGUGUGCCGGGUUAUCUGUGAAUAAACUGAAUAUAUUAAACGAA